CUGUACCCUCCGGCCUUUCUCCCGUUCUAAUCUUUCCAAGGCGUGCCGACGAGACAAAGGGGGUCCGAUCAUUCCAACUUUUGGCAUCAUUUAGUCCGUAAUCCUUGGAACUACAGCUAUGGCAAACCCAAAAGUUUUUUUUGAUCUCACUGCAGACGGCAAGCCCGUUGGCAGGGUUAUCAUGGAGCUGAGACCUGAUGUCGUCCCCAAAACUGCAGAGAACUUCCUCCAGCUGUGCACUGGUGAGAAAGGCUUUGGCUAUAAGGGCUCCACGUUCCACCGCGUCAUCCCCGGCUUCAUGUGUCAGGGUGGUGACUUCACAAACCACAAUGGAACUGGUGGCAAGUCCAUCUAUGGCAACAAGUUUGCGGAUGAGAAUUUCACCCUAAAGCACACUGGUUCCGGCAUUCUGUCCAUGGCCAACGCUGGUCCCAACACCAACGGUUCUCAGUUCUUCAUCUGCACAGCACAGACUUCAUGGUUGGACGGUAAGCACGUCGUGUUCGGUAAGGUGGUGGAGGGCUUGGAUGUGAUCAAGACGGUGGAGGGCUACGGCUCCAACAGCGGCCAGACCAAAGCCAAGAUCGUCAUCGCCGACUGCGGCAAGCUGUAGAUGCCUUCCUUCCGCAAACCCCCCCCCCCCCCCGACGCCCCAGAAAAUCUUCUAGACCUCCCCACUAACAUCCCAUUGUACUUGCUCAUCUUUCCCUUCUCUGGCCUGUCCCCCAUACCUUCAAACAACAUUCCUGUCCAUGGAGUUUGUUUUAUACUUAACAUCCAUGCCUCACCCCCUGCCCUCCGGCCCCCCCUAGUCUGUCCCUUUUUGACAUAAGUUGCCUUUUUGGUAUUUGUGUUUUGUUUUUUUUUUUUCAUUUACAAAUGAGGCAAGAGAAAUUUGUCAGUGGAAAAAAAAAAAAAAAAUGUAUGAAAAUCUGAAAUAAAAGUGGGACAACGACC